AUGGCGCCUCUACCCCCAAAGCCACACUCAAAAAACCGCCUUGAGCAGCAGCAGCUGCCGCACAUCUAUGCUCGGUAUUCGCCGCUGUCUGUUUCCGCUGUCUUCUUUGUUCUGGCAGUUGCUGCUAUCCCGAUCGGCGUCGUCGUAAUUGUGAGCGGGGAUCUAACGACACGACUUGAUUUUCGCUACGAUCAUAUCAACAGCUAUAAGUUUGUAAUGGGGGCAGCUGACGAGUACGCCGUUAAUUUUCCAUUCAAUGGCACCACCUACUCUUCCGGUGUCAAAACGCGACUCAUGUUCUCUUUGUCUCAGAGUCUAACAGCUCCGGUGUACAUGCAGUAUCGCCUCACCCCAUUCUUUCAAAACUACCGCUACUUUACCGCAUCCGUAGACUACGUGCAGCUUAGCGGUAGAGGGUCUGCAGGUUCAACGCUGUGUGCCCCAUUCCGCUUUCCUGGAGAGGCAACUGGCGAUCAAGUCUCCGGCUACUAUAACCCGUGUGGUGCCUACCCGUGGGCUAUAUUCAAUGACAGCAUCAGUCUGUAUAGGAUCGACGGCACACUCAUCUGCGACGGUAGCGCCUUCACGGCCAACGGAACGAGUCUGGCGCCAAAUAACAAGUGUGUGAAGUCUGGCAUCGCUCGUCCAAGUGACGUCAAAGCGAGAUACAGGCCUCCGAGCGAGAUACCCGGCAACGGUCCGAUGUGGAGUGCUGGCGGUAACACCUCAGCCACUGAUCCAUAUCUCCGAGAGGGCUACUACUACAAAGAGCCUGGGCACAAGAUCCCACUCAGCACUGAUGAAGACUUGAUAGUGUGGCUGGAUCCGGCCUUCACGUCUGAUGUGACGAAAAAUUACCGUAUUCUCAACGUCGAUUUGCCGGCCGGUGACUAUUACUUCGAGAUUACGGAGCAAUACCCGACUGCGCCAUACGCAUCGCAGAAGUUUGUGCAACUCGCGACUCGAUCAUGGAUCGGGGGUAGAAACCAUGUUCUCGGCUCUCUGCUGAUAAUCAUGGGUGGCAUGGCCUUUAUCAUAGCAGUGACACUUCUUUCAAUGAAAUGCUUGAUCAUGCAAGGGUAUACACAGUAG